UACAGCUCUCCUCUCAUCUUUAUCAGUCUCCCUCUUUCCUCCCUCGUUCCGCAAAGCCAGCCGUAGACUUUUUGGGUCCUGGGCUAUAAAAAUGGUGCGCCUCAGCUCCGCACUUGGUCAAUUCGAGACAAAUUCGGCGCCUCCAGCAUUCAAGAGGAUACUCUCUCUCUCUCUCUCAAGAAGAAGAAGUUCGCUUUUGCUUCGUCGUCCUCCGCCGUCUUCCGCCGCUUCGCUUGGUUCUGAAGAACAAGACAAGAACAAGAACAAGAAAACCGACCCUUUGUCUUCGGCGUUCCAUGGAUUCUUCUUCCUGGAUUACUUCUUCUUUGGAUCUCAGCAUUAGACCGCUGCAAGUUUCAGAAGAACCUCCGACCAAAGUGGUGGAGAGCGACUUUAUGGAGCUGGGAAGGACUGGUUCUGGGAACAAAGAUGAGAGUGGUGCUCUGCAUGAAGAACUGAAUCGGCUGGCUGCUGAAAACAAGAAGCUCAGUCAAAUGCUGAUGACGGUGUGUGAGAACUACAAUGCCUUGAGAAACCAUGUGAUUGAAAUUGUGAGCAAAAAUGCUGAGAGAGAAGUCAGCCCGUCCAAGAAAAGAAAGUCCGAGAGCAGCACUAACGACAAUGGCAAUGAGAUGGUAGUUAAUAGAGCCUCGGAGAGCAGCUCGACGGAUGAUGAUGAUUUGUACAAGAAACCAAGGGAAGAAACAAUAAAGGCGAAGAUCACGAGGGUUUAUUAUAGGACCGAAGGGCCAGGCACUAGCCUUAUUGUGAAAGAUGGACACCAGUGGAGGAAGUAUGGACAAAAGAUCACCAGGGACAACCCUUGUCCCAGAGCUUACUUCAAAUGCGCUCACGCUCCAAGCUGCCUUGUCAAGAAGAAGGUGCAAAGAAGUGCUGAAGACCAAUCGGUCAUAGUUGCGACUUAUGAAGGCGAGCACAACCAUCCAAGUUCAUCUCGACUCGAGGCAACAUGUGGCUCAAAUGCCCGUGCCACUCUUGAUUCGGUUCCCCGCUCGGCUUCUCUUAGUUCAUCUGGACCCACUGUAACUCUCGACUUGAUGAAACCCAAGCAGGAAACCGAUGUCAAAAGUUCGCAACCGAAAGUAGAUUCACCAGAACUGAGGCAGUUUCUGAUAGAACAAAUGGCCUCUUCCUUGACAAAAGACCCGAGCUUUACGACUGCACUUGCCGCAGCUAUUUCGGGGAAAAUGGUCGGCCCAUAUCCAACUGAAAAAUGGAUAUAAAUUGGCGAGACCAGGAUGAUUUCUCAUCGUUUCUUGAAAGGAAUUCCAGGAGGUGUCUGUACAUACAAAUUAGGAGGGAAAAAGCAAACAGGAAAAGUUCUCAAGCUUCAGAGUCUGUCCAACUUCACCAUUGACUGCUGCUGCACGUGUUUGAACAUUUCAAGUUGGAAGUAGUUGGAGUUGCAUUUCAGAACAGAAGUCAAAUGGUUCGUUCUAGCCGUUGUUGAAUGUUGAAUCUCCAAUUCGGUGGAUAUAUCAACUCAUCACGACAAGGAUUUUAAACUUGAAAGCACCCCCUCGUGUACUCCCUUUUGACAUUUUUCUAAUGUAUCUAGCGUACCCUCUUUGACAUUUCUGUUGUCUUGUAACAUUUCCUCGCGGUUGAAAGUUGAAAGGUCGGAUGCAUGAAGGUGACAAGCACGACUUCUAGACUAACAGCCCAACUUGUUUUUCCUCUUUGAUUCCAUCCGUCUUCUCUUGAAACCAUAAUAAAUUAGUUUUCGUGAA